GCCUAUGCAUACUAUUGCACAAGUUCCUCCGACGAGUCUCGCACAAAUCGCACAAUGUUCACCGACGCAGCCAUCGUCGUAUAAUUUUCAAGCAAACUAAGCGGCCAUCUAGAGACUCUGUGCAUGCUAACUUUGCGAGAAUUAUUCUCAACGAGCAUCACGUCUAACGCUGACAUUCUUACUGCUCCGAUCGUGCAGCAGACGAGAGACUCUCGAUCGUAAAGGUAGACGAAAGGUAGCCCGUUGCAUCCCGAUACGGAUCGCAAUUUUGGCUGCGAAUGAUAAAAACUCACGCAGCGUGCGAGCAGAAUUUAAGCGUUGAGAUAAUCGACGAUUGUAAUUGAUUUCGGGUCGAUUUGGGAUGCUGGGCAGCGUAUAAAAUAUCGUGGAAAAUCGUCCGAUCAGUACGGUUGAGUUGCUCAUAUUUCAUUGAAUCAUUUGCAUUGAGUGAAUCCAGCUGGGAGUAGAGGCUUGAACAUGGUUUCAACUCGACAAAUGUCCAAUGUGAAUGGCAGCUGUGAGGCUGGUCCCUCUGGCUCCACCAGGACAACCAGGAAUAGCGCGCUGGCCGUGUGCGUUUCACCCUCUAGAAGCUCCACGAGUUUCGAUAGGAAUCUGCUGGAGCUGCCACAGGAAGUCUGGGAGAAAAUCUUUGGCUACCUGACUUUUAAAAACAUCUGCCAGCUACGUUUGGUAUGCUGCAAAUUUGACUCGUACUGCGGGCAGUUGCUAAAUGUGACCUUCCAACGCCUGCAAACACAAAUGCUGCACCGAUUCCAGGAGAUCAAGGGGAAGAUGCCACGACGUGAGUCAGCACGCAGAAAUCACCACCUCGCUUGCGAGAGUGAUAUCAUCGAAACGCUGCACAUGCGUUUGACACUCCUGCAGAUGACUUUUGGGAAGCAUAUUGAACGCAAGCACUGCUGCUUCUUCCCCGGUGAGAUCCUCGACGAGGUUUACAACAUCCUGACCUACAUCAGAAACACUCCGAAGUUGAAUCGUCCGUAUAAAGUCACAGAUGAACUGUUUGACUUGUCGACAAUGGCGAUGGAGUACUUCAAGGAGAAGAUUGAACCAGACCUACCAGAAAUCGCCUAUUUUGGUGCUGACUUUUUGACAGAUUACUCUGCGAGCUGUUUCCCAGCGACGACGAAUAAUUAUCUAGCAAUUGAGAUGGAUUCCUCGCCUUUGGGGCCGGAGGAAGGCAAGGAAACCGGCCGGAGCAGUCAAGCUGAUCUUGACCAGGAGGAAGCUCCGCAGAGGAAUAUGGUUUCUGGAAUCAGGAAAAUUCGACAGGGGAUGAAACGUUAUAAUAAUCUAUUGUCAUCACUCAAGAGGGAUUUGAGGAACUGUAAGCGAAAGACAUCCGAUCAACAAAAACAGAUCAAAGAACAGCAGAAGUUAAUAACAGAGCAAUCUAAGACUGCUUUGGAGUGUACGACGCGUAUGGAUGAAUACGAUAAGAAAAACGAUGAAAUAUCACGGAAGUUUUCGACGUUAUUGCAGGAGUUGAACAAAUGCAAAACGGAGCUUCAGUAUUGGAGGUCCAAGUCGCCGGCGACACCUCCGUUUUGUAACGCUUGCGGAAGCAAUGCUGUUCCUCCAAGUGACGACCUCCUGAAUGCAAAUCAAUGUGAUGAGUUGCCGCCUGAUUUCGACCAGGUAGAAAUGGCGAACGCCAUUUUUAAUACGCCGAAUGUCGCCGCCCUGGAGCAGAACGAAGAGAACUGGGGUGAUGACAUGGUGACUUCACAGGUAGCCAAUCAAUUGGAAGAAGAUCAGCAGGUUUGUAGUGAAAAGAAAACUGAUGAGGCUGUGCAACCGAUGGUUGUUGGAGGCGUGCAGAAAGGCGGCAAGCGGAAGCUGGAAGGUGAGACACCGGCCUCCGGCAAGAACUCAGGACGUCGGGGCAAGAUGCGUAAGCGUGUUAAGCUGUAAGUUAAUUAAGGCUAGGACUAGAACUAAGGAUGAACACGAUGGACGAGGGGAGGAAUUAUUAGAUUACACACGUGCGACAUUCAAUAUUCACAUUUAUUUUCUUGACGGUUGAAAUUUUUUCUAUGUUUACGUAUAAAAGGGUAAAAACACAUAAUUAUUACUGAAAAUGAACAGAUGACAGACUAAUACACGAGAAAGGAAGUAAGUUCUCACAAGGGUUUCCUAUUUUUGUGGAUUUUGAGAAGAAUGACAGAAAAUUUUGACAUUUAAGUAAGGAGAUCAAAAGAAAAACGUGCAGAAAUUAUAUAAAAAGAAUCAAAUCGACUAACCUCAAUCUAUUUUCAUUUCAUUGCAUUGCUAGUAAUUGAAGAUUGAAUCUGCAAUUUUUUUAGAUUAUUUUGAUUGCAGCUACAAUUCUUUUAUUAAAGUCAGAGAAAAAAUAGAAAAAAAUUAUAUUUAUAUAACUUGGAAGCAAAUCUUAUACACACUUAAUUUUGUAAUUUCAGGCAGGAAACAGUUAUUAUAUUAUAGCAGCAGGAAGACAUAAAAACAAACCAUUAUUCUGCUCAUAAAAAACUCUCAGUACUAAUAUUGAACACAUACUAAUUGUGACUCAAACCCAAAACCAACUGAAUUCUUUUGAAAUUUAUCAGAAAAUCAAAACAAAUCAACUCCAGAAAAAGUUGCGCGUAGAAUUACCCAUUAAAGUUGAUUACUUAGAAGAUGGCAAAACGUUGUUAAUUACCUACUAAGUGAUACAUUGUUAAUUACGAAUUGACUGCUAGAUCGAUUGUAAUUUAUGUGUGUAGUUUGUGGGCGAACGUCAUUCAAGACUGAUGCGGUGCUUUAAAGAGUAUAAAACGUUCACUACUUUGCAUACACACACACACAAUUACACAAUGAAACACACACACCUCACACCUGUCGGAUCUCAAGGAAAGCACAUGUACAAAACUAAGCUAAAACGCAAUACCAUGCGACACCAACAUGUAAAACGAAAAGCCGCCCCUUCCCCAAAAAUGUAAAUUUAAUGUUUGCCCGCCUGUUAAUGCCGUGAAGUUGCCUCGAUUCUGAAUCGUUUUUUGUUUUACGUCGCUUACUGUGCAUCUCAUCAAUAUUGCAAUUCGAUUUUUAGUUUAUUUUGCUUUAAAAUAAGAUUUACGAUCGCACUUUUAACCCUUAGCACUCCUAGCUUAGUUCACUUUUAAUUUUAUGUUAGAACAAUUUGUGUAAAUAAUUGUUUACUAUAGCCAUCGAUUGAUUGGUGCUUUGAAUGUUUUGCAUUUAAACGUAACGCCUGCUCGUAUGAAUGUGUAUCGAUUGUUUUAAGUACUUUUAAACGUUUGUUGUGUCACACAAACAGUUGGUCGUUUAGUUCAUUGAUUUAGCUCGUUCUUCAGUACCUUAUCUAAUGAGAAAUUCAAAUGAGUUUGUACAUAGUUGAAUAUUUGAAUCUACUCGAUUAUAGUUCAUUUUGUGUUUUUUUCUUUUUGCGGAAAAAUAAUGGAUGAAACUUACGCCAUCGAGGUUUUUUCUUAUCGAUUGAUAAUCGUAUACUUUAGUGUUAACACAUUAACGAGUUGGGAGUUAUCAGAGUUUAAUUGAAUUGUCAUGAUACUUUAAAUAAUUUUCGACAUUAAUUCUAGUUGGUAAGCGAAACAAAAUGAUGAAAUUUGUACAUAAAUAGCAUUAACAUUAUUAUUACAUGAACAAUAAAUAGAUCUUUUAGAGAAACAGAAGUGAAUAACAAAAGAAUUAAACGUAUUAAAACUGACUAAA